GUGCGGGAAAGGACGGUUUUAGUGCGCGCGCCCUGUCCACGAACCGACGUGUGUGCGCUAGAGUUACGUGCAACGUAGCGGCACCCCUGUGCAGCUGCUCAACAGACGAAGAAGAAGAAGUAAAAGAAACCGGUCACACCCUCAGGCCUUUGGACAGCACCCCCCAGCCAAAUUCGAGUGGUGCGUUCUGCUCUACCCGCGUUCCGCGUGUGCCCGGUGUGUUUGCAAACCCCGUGGCGGCCCAAAACCAGUGUGUUAAAAUGGCCAAAGUGAUCAAACUGUUCGGUUUGCUGUGUUUAGUGGUGACGAUCGCGGCCGAAGUUCGCGUCAAGCGUCAGGAUGAGGACCUCGAUCCGGACUCGAUCAACGUGGAGGAGCUGUGCAAGGACCGGCCUGGCGAUGAGUACUUCCGCCUGAGCACGGACGGUGACUGCCGGGAGGUGGUGAGGUGCGACGAUGCGGGUGAAAACGGCAUCACGCGGCUCGCCAAAGUGCGCUGCCCGACCGGGCUGUACUUUGACGUGCUGCGCCAAACGUGCGAUUGGAAGACGAACGUGAAAUCGUGCGACCUGCUAGGAAAGCCACGCAAGGUUCUGCCGAUCCUGAAGACGGACGAGCCGAUCUGCCCGGAGGGCAAGCUGUCCUGCGGCAACGGCGAGUGCAUCGACAAGGAGCUGUUCUGUAACGGCAAACCCGACUGCAAGGACGAGUCGGACGAGAAUGCGUGUACCGUUGAACUGGACCCGAACCGUGCGCCCGACUGUGACACGACGCAGUGCGUGCUGCCGGACUGUUUCUGCUCCGCCGACGGCACGCGCAUCCCCGGCAACAUCGAGCCGCAGCAGGUGCCGCAGAUGAUCACGAUCACCUUCAACGGGGCGGUCAACGUCGACAAUAUCGAUCUGUACGAGGACAUCUUCAACGGGCAGCGCCAGAACCCGAACGGUUGCCAGAUCCGGGGCACCUACUUCGUGUCGCACAAGUACACCAACUACUCGGCGGUGCAGGAUCUGCACCGCAAGGGCCACGAGAUCUCCGUGUUCUCGCUCACGCACAAGGACGAUCCGACCUACUGGACGCAGGGCACGUACGACGACUGGCUGGCGGAGAUGGCCGGCGCCCGGCUGAUCGUGGAGCGGUUCGCCAACAUUACCGACGGUUCGAUCAUCGGCGUGCGGGCGCCGUACCUGCGCGUCGGCGGCAACAAGCAGUUCGAGAUGAUGGCCGACCAGUUCUUCGUGUACGAUGCGUCCAUCACGGCGUCGCUCGGCCGCGUACCGAUCUGGCCGUACACGCUGUACUUCCGCAUGCCGCACAAGUGCAACGGCAACGCGCACAACUGCCCGUCCCGCUCGCACCCGGUCUGGGAGAUGGUGAUGAACGAGCUGGACCGGCGCGACGAUCCGACGUUCGACGAGUCGCUGCCCGGUUGCCACAUGGUCGACUCCUGCUCGAACAUCCAGUCCGGCGAGCAAUUCGGACGUCUGCUGCGCCACAACUUCAACCGCCACUACAACACGAACCGGGCGCCGCUCGGUCUGCACUUCCACGCCUCCUGGCUCAAGUCGAAGAAGGAGUACCGCGAGGAGCUGAUCAAGUUCAUCGAGGAGAUGCUCGGCCGCAACGAUGUGUUCUUCGUCACCAUGCUGCAGGUCAUCCAGUGGAUGCAGAACCCGACCGAGCUGAACGCGCUGCGCGACUUCCAGGAGUGGAAGGAGAAGUGCGACGUGAAGGGGCAGCCGUACUGCUCGCUCCCGAAUGCCUGCCCGCUCACCACCCGCGAGCUGCCGGGCGAGACGCUGCGUCUGUUCACCUGCAUGGAGUGCCCGAACAACUACCCGUGGAUCCUCGAUCCGACCGGUGACGGUUUCUCCAAGAAGUAGGCGGCCUUUUCCACUCCUGCAAAGAAGUGUGGCCGGUGUACUUUUUUCUCACCCUCCUCCACCCUCCGCAUUACGAGGGGGGGGGGACCUACUCUGUUGUAAAUAAUGAAUCGCGGUUUUCAACCAACACACGUUUCCCUUGCGCGGGUCGUUUCUCGGCGGUGUGACUUUUUCGACCACUGCUUUUGACUGCAACUGCUUUCUCGCACUUUCCACGGGCGAAACCUCCCCCGUGUCGUUCUGUUCACACCCCCUGUUUUUGUACGUUUUCUUCUAUCCAUCCUUGAAACACACAUCGUGAUAUUUUAGUUUGUUCUCGCCCUUCAUCGUCUGGCGUACCUGGAGAGAGUAGGGGAGACGAACGCCCACACACACACACACACAGGAUGGUGGCGGACGGGCGAUCGUGCUCGCAUCCCAUCGACCAUCUUCAUCCUUUCUUUCUUCCCUAAAACGGAGAGAAAGAACGGUUAAAAAAAACAUGUUGUAUUUGAGUGUGUGAGUGUGUGUGUGUGCUCCCUCGAAGGGCACAAACACACACACACAAAGCGCAGAAGAGAAAGAGUAAAAAGCGUAAUUUGUACGGUACUGUUUUAUAAUAAAAUAUUAAAACAACACAAAAAAGGCAAUUCUUUGCACGACCUGCGAGAGUGUGAGUUAACAGCGCGUUAAAGCUCUCCUAGUGUCGGAAAGGGAAUUAUAUAUUUAAAAAUGUUCGAAAAAAAAACAAUAAAAAAUGAUAUUAAAUACAAAAAAACCAUUGCGUGUACCUUCUUUCUUUUUUUUGUGCGGGGAGUUACUGAUACGCUUUUCGCUUUCUUUCCUCUCGGCUGUGAUGGAGAUUUGUAUGUAAAAGAAUUGUCUCUUUGUCGCUCUCACACUUCAGACACUGAAAACUAUCUGAAUGUAUUUAUUACAAAUUCCCAUUUCGCUCGCCUGCUUGCUUUUGUUCGUUUGUUGAAUAGCGAAUUCAUUAUCCUUCUUUUCGGGCGCUUUCAAACUGUUUGGAAGAUGGCUACAAUGGCUUUCCUCGGCUACUCGAACAUACACACAUGGCUCGGUUCUCUCGGGACAGUAUCGGGAAGCAAAAGUGCAGCAGUAAAACCCUUAACCUUGCAAUUCUCCUCCUCCUGUUGUGUUGCUGUUACAAGAAAAUGGACAAUAAUGGCAAUAAUCUUCCGAUCCGUUCUUCAAAUGCAAUUUCAAAAUGGAAGUAAAUUAAUUCGUUAUCUCCAGAGCUACUGCAGGGGGGACAGCUGUACUGUAACGUAAUCAGAUAUAUAAACAAUCGCCUGAUCCCUGCUGCCUUGAUUAGAUUGAUUAAAAACUGUAUCUCUUGUGGCAUUGUGUUAGAGUUCAAGCUAAAUGUGCACCUGACCCACACACAUCUCUGCUGAUUUAUGGCGAAACCAAACUGACGUCACGUACACACGAAAAAGGGAUUCUUUUAUCUUUCGCUGAAGUAAUGUUAAAGAAUUUUAGCGUACAAAUAAAAUAAAAAAAACAA